UGGAAUACAGCGAAUCCGCACAACCCCCUACCAUCCUUCUUCAAACGGUAUGGUUGAACGGUUCCACAGUUCUCUGAAACAAGCUCUUCGGUGCCACAACACCAAAUGGACUGAAUCUUUACCAGUAGUUUUACUAGGAUUGCGAAAUUGCUUCAAGGAGGAUCUCAAUGCAUCUUGUGUUGAGAUGGUCUAUGGACAAACUGUCGUCUUACCUGGAGAGUUCUUUGAACCGCCUUCCGAUGCUCCAAGUGAUCCUACAACUUAUCUUUCGAAACUUAGAGAAACCUUCAGAACUCUAAAACCUACACCUGCGUCCUGCCAUUCAAAAUCGUCAUGCUUCGUACAUCCAGCUUUAGAAACGUGCUCCCAUGUGUUCGUAAGAAUCGAUACCUUGAAACCUGCGCUGUCAUCACCUUAUGAUGGACCUUUUGAAGUUCUCCAUAGAACUGAAAAACAUUUCACGAUUCAGAAAAAUGGGAAGGAAGCCACCAUAAGCAUUGACCGGCUAAAACCAGCCUUUCUUUUAAACAUAGACUCAACAGACCCCGUACUAGAAGAAAGAGUUCCAACGCCAGCAGUUUCAACUCCACAAGUUCAAUGUGAGCAAGGUGACUCUUUACCGGUUACGACUCGUUCUGGAAGAAAAGUCCAGUUUAACCCUCGAUACUUGUAAUCACUCUAUAGACUUUCAUAGACUGUUUCGUACCUUUGGUACUAAGGGGGGAGUACUGUGGUGUGCCUCGGCAAACACCCAGUCCCCAAGUAUGUACCUCGACAACCCUCCUGACCACUCCAAAAAACGAACUGAAGUGAGGUAAAUCCAGCCAGCAUAACCGGUUGUAAAACCCCUCAUACUCACGCACUUCCAAACUGACUCGCGUGGAGAGAGGACGCGUUCCUCAACCCUUCAUUAAAAUUAUCUAAUUCUUUACAAUGUAAGUUUUCAUUAUAUGUUUUUGUUAUAAAUUAAAUUUUUCCUUAACUUAAA